AAUUUCAGUAGUUAAUAUCAUUUAGUCCUGUUAAGACAAGAACAAUGAAUUCGAAUUGUUUUUUUUCUUUUGCAUUAUUUUUAAGCGUUGAAUCUCCUAAUUAUGUUGAUGCCCAAUCCAAUGUAACUCACUUUAUAAAUGAUUUAUUAUCAUUAAUUGAUCAAAAUAAUAAAUUAUUUCAAUACAUACUAGAUAAUGGAUUAGUGUGGGAGGCAUUUCAUGUUCCGUUCAAUAGUAGAAACUAUAAUGAAUUGGGCUAUGUUUUAUUAAGAAAAGAUUCUUCAUUAUUUUCAAGGAAUCAAGAAGAAUUCAUUAAAGAAUUAAUAGAAUACAUAAACAUAGAGAAUCAAAUCAAAUGGGAUUUCGGACGUUAUGGAAUGAACCGUUCAAAACGUGCUAAAAUUAUAAAUAACAACGAAAAGCUAACAUACGAUAAAGUUUCAAGAGAACGAAAAGCUAUCAUGAAGGAAAUAUUUGUUCACUACUUUCGAAGCCAAUUAAGAGAUCAAGAAAUGUGUAAUGAAGAUAAUCAAAGCGGUGAUACUAAGUGUAGGUUGGUUGGAUUAAUUCGAUCAACUGAAGAACAAGUGCUAGACUGUGUAUAUUCACCUCGGUGUUAUAGUAAUAUGUGUCUCUUUUAUCCAUUCACUACGACAAAAUACGGAAAUCAUGAUUUUAUUGUCGGAGGAUACGAUCCAGGAAUAUACAAAGAAAUAAAAAUAACAAAUGCGCAACAAUUUGAAAAAGAUAGUGUAAUUUCAAUGAUUUUACUUGAUAGAAAUUUUCAAGAAAUAUUAGAUUGGUAAUUAACGAAAUUAUACAUUAAACAAAUUGAAAUGAAUAUAUUAUUAUUGUAUUUGUUGAACUAUUUGUUUUUAAUAUAUAACUGUUUGAUUUUAAC